CGCGGCAGCACAUAACAUUACAAGGCGUGAAGACAAACGCCGUCGCAGUGGAAUGAGCUGCGACGGGAAUCCCCGGCAAGCCUUCCUGUUUAAGCCCUGAACGCUGAAAGCGUGAGAAGAAAAAGUCUCCAGCAUCAGUCGGACACUGGCUUUGCACUUGAGAAAAGACUUGGAAAAAAUAAAAACAGAGGAUCAUCUCUCUGCAGACCCCUUUCCUGGAGAACAUCAGACACCGUCCAUCAACAGGAGACGUUGUCAGGAGCGCGAUACAGCCAAAGGACGAAGGGAAGUAGAGAGUAAGCGCCCAGACACAGAGGGCGAGCAAGGGUCGGGAGGAUGGACGCCCUGCUUCCUGUGCUGAAGAGUCACCCAGGCCCGUCAGUGCUGGUGUUCUCUCUGCUUUUCAGGGUGGUGCACCGGUUGCUGCAAAGCCUGCCAGUGCCCAAAGUGGUUAAGCAGAAUGACCUCCACUCCUGGAAGUGGAGGAACCUCUCUGUCUCAAUGGUGCACUCCCUGCUGACUGGGACAUGGGCCCUGACCUGUGUGGUGGUUUGGCCUGAGACGUUGAGCAACAUCCACUCUUACCACACCCCUCUGUCCUACCUGCUGGUCUGCGUUUCAACAGGGUACUUUGUGCAAGAUGCAGGUGAUAUUAUCCUGACAGGACACGCAAGAGGAUCAUGGGAAUUCUUAGUCCAUCAUGCACUGGUGAUCGGGUGUUUCCUCUACGCCCUCUUCACUCAGCUGUAUGUAGCCGGUGCCGUGAUAGCCCUCUUUGUAGAGGUCAACAGCGUCACCCUGCACCUGAGGCUGAUGCUGAAGCUGGCGGGAGCUCAGUCCUCCACCAUGUACCACAUCAACAAGUUCGCCAACAUCUUAACCUACGUCACAUUUCGCCUGAGCACACAGUUCUACCUCACCUGGUACAUCAUGCACAAUUACUCCUGGCUGGAUAACGGUGGAUACUUUCUCUUCUCCAUGAUAGUAAUGAAUAUCAUGAUCCUGAUCUAUUUCUACCGCCUGCUGCGUGCUGACUUCUUCUCCUGGAGUAAGAGCUCGGUGCGACCGAACUGGAUACAUAACAACAACUCCAGAAAGUUUCUCAGUGAUUGAUGGAGGAAGGUGUAUAGGACUAUUUUAUUAUGUUUUCAUUCAGGGUGGGUGGUUACACAUUUUGUCUUUCUCCAGACCAUUCCUUGUGAUGUCAGGUUAUUGUGUCUCACUGCCAAAAACAUACCCCACAAAACAUCUGUUGGUGGCACAAGCUGUAGCCUUGUUCAGGAGCAGUGUUCCAGAGAUGUUGAAAAUUAAGGGUUGCAAGGGGGAAAAAACAAUGCAACAGUGCUGUAAUUGAUACAAAAUUCUGAGUUAAAUUCAAUGUUUCUCAAACCCUUGAGAUGUUACCAAGCAUUAUGUAAUCUCAAAGGAACAAGUAGACGUUUUGGAAAAUACACCUAGUGGCUUUCUUGGGAAGCGUUAGAUGAAGAGACUGAUACCGCCCUCAUGUUGGUAUGGUAAGCAUGAGGCUACACUUAACAGCUAGUUAGCUUAGCUUAGCUUAGCGCAAAGACUGAAAACAGCUUGCCUGGCACUGUGCAAUGAUGAGAAUAAAUGUUCCACUUGUUUUUGUACAAUUCAUCAAUCAAUAUGCAGUAUAUAACAUUUAGGCUAUGUUAAGCUAAGCUAACAGGUCAUGACUGUAGCCUUAUAUUCUUAUAAUCAGAGUACAGAUAUAAGAGUGAUAUUAAUCUCUUCCGCUAACUCUCAGCAAUUUCCCAAAAUGUCAACCACAUUUCAGCAUCAUGGAACCUUUAAGUAAUCGUCUGACAUUUUGUGAAGUAUGUUGAUUCACUUUCUUGAUUUAUACCACUCUAUACAGUGAACAUCUAUAGCCGCCAGCUAGCUUAGCUUAGCUUAAAGAUUGAAAACAGGGGGAAACAGAUGGUUUUGUUCUGUUCAAGGUCCAAGGUACUUACCAGCAAACUCAACAAGAGAGUUUGUUGGUAGGUAAAGGUCUUUGCCGUUGCACAGAGCCAGGCUAGUGUAUCCCUUUGUUUUCAGUCUUUUUUGCUAAGCUAAGCUAACUGGCUACUGGGCGUAGCUUUAGUGCAGUGCUACAAGAGCGGUGUCAAUUUUCUCAUCUAAAUCUCGGCAAGAAAACAGAUAAGCGUACAUCCCAAAAAUGUCAAACUAGACCUGUGGUCUGACACAGAAUAUUAUCUGACAACCUGGCUAGCCUGUAUGUUGCCUUAUCUUUAAAAUUUGCAAAAGGAGCAGUGUUUUUAUGUGGUAACAACCUGCCAGCUGGUAUUUUCUGACAGCGAUCUUUGAAUUUUAGCAGCCACAUUUUAAUAUUCGCCAGUGUGUAUGUACAGUAUGUCCUCUCUCUGUCUCUAUGAUGCCAUUCGUGGCUGAAGAGACACUGAGCUGGUACAUAAGACACACUGCUGUGUCUGAUAACACACGAGAAUGCAGGACAAUUUAUGGUCCUCUAAAGGUUCUCAUAUGAAAUCUGUUGAUAUUUAACACAAGCAGGGUUGAAGCUGGAUCUUCCUGUAAUCUAAUAGCCGGAUACCUGAGCUCAUGAAGGAGUGGGCAUCAUGAGAAACCCUUCAUAAUAAGAGCAGACAGCAGCACAAUCAUUACUGAUAUUUCAUCUGCAGCGUGAAAGAAAAUGUUGUAUUUGGUCUACUUGUGCCCUCCCAAGGAAAGCUGUCUGGAGACUUUGUGCUAGAUCUGCUUCAUGCCCAAGUGUAGUCAUUCAAGAUUGUGCAUGCUCAGGUGAUUGGCUCUUCAUACCUAAAACAAGGAGCUAUGCUCAUCCACGUCCCCCAGCUCACGGUGCAGGCGUCUUCAGGUCGCCAUCAACACAUUCCUCUAACAGGGGACGGUCUGCCCCGCAAAGUCUAGAGGACGGCACAUCUUAUCACCUUUGUCGCCUCAGCAACGUGGCUUCUCUCCCUAUCCGAAGGGCGCCAAUCUCCCUAAACAACCCAACAGCUGCAUUGUACUCCAGCAGAGCAAAACAGACCCGUCCUUUCACCUGGAUCCCGAGCUGGCCCGAAGACGACCCCUUUGCCUGACCACGACCCUGAGGCCCCCACUAGGUGUAGUCAAGUGACAGAAAAUUCCAUCACAGGCGGUAGUUAGACUUGAUGUGAAGUAAUAGUAGAGUACCUUAUUUGCUUCUUUGCAAAAUAAUAACUCUUUUAACAGAAUAGAUCCAUUGUUUUAGGCGAUUAAAUGACGACCCUCAGAUGAAGAUACGUUUCCUCUUCCUCCUCUUUCCUCAAAAAUUUAUGUUUUGUAAAUAAUGUCCCCAAAUGCGCAUUCUGAUUUGAUAGAUCUCAAAUGAUAAUACAAGUAAACAACAUUAGUGGACUUUAAAUGCUUCCUAAUCACGCCAUGAAUCAUAAGUGUCAUUUAAAAACUUCGUGAUCGGUACAUUUCAUUUUCUAUCUCAGCCAACGGUGAGAAAGUCCAGAGUCGAGAAGUGUCCGACCUGUGCUUCAGUGCCUUUACCGCAGUGCCUUUUGAAAAACAAGAACAGAGCACAGAUGAAGAUCAUGGAAGUGUAGAUAUAGGUCUGAAUGAUAUCUGUGUGCUUUUGUAAAAGCUCGGCCAAGAACAGAGAUUUAUGAGACAAGCAUCAUGUGAAUUCAUUUGACUAUCUGGCCACAAUAAUGUAUCUCGUGCUACAGUGACAACUGUUUUUCAGGAGCCCCUUAUUUUGGAUGGUUGAGUGAUACCAUGAAUUAAAAGAUUAUUUAAAAUCACUGGGAUGUUGUUGUAUAUUUUCAUAAUUAUACACUGAUAAGGGAAGGUUUUGUGCAUUUUUCCUCUGUUUUACAUCCAUGUCGUCACUUUUAAAAGAUACAGUCAGAUGCUGCAUUGCCAGAUAAUAGAGUAGUACAUGUACAACAAUGUAAAAAUACUGCAUUACAAGUAAAGGUCCUUCAUUCAAGAUCCUGCUUAUUGGCAAAAUAUACUUUAAGUAGCAAAAGCGGCUGAUAUUAUAAGAGAUUAUUGUUGAUACUG